AUGAUUGUACAUGCUCAAAAAUAUUGUGAUAUGCUUAUUAACGGUGAUCCUCUUUUAGAAGGAUCUAUAAUAGACAACCUUCGAAACUACAAAGAACAUAUUGCACAUUUGAUUAAUUUACCUCAAGAUGUUGUCGAGAAAAAACUCUCUCAAAUGAUUUUAGAUAAGAAACCUAUUGGUAUUCUUGAUCAAGGUUCAUCGAAUAUAGUUAUUUUUGAUGAAACACCAUCGGAUACACAAUAUCAAGAUGCUUUAGUAAUUAUUCAAAAUAUGUCCAAAGUGGUUGAUACUCUUUUUAGUAAAACGAAAUAA